AUGGACACGGCGUUUCUGCGUCCUCCGCUUGCUCGUAAUCUGGUUUAUGACGAGUUUGCCGUUCUGCACUCCACAAGCUACCCUUUUCACACUCUUCGGUAUUUGAGAUGCAAUCCGAUAUAUUCGAGACCGCUGCUAACAACAUCACCAGCUUCACCAUCAAGGGGUUUGACUCAGAGAGUGGCUGCACUACCUGAUGUUGAUGAUUUUUUCUGGGAGAAGGAUCCUACUCCGAUCCUGGACACAAUUGAUGCGCCCAUUCAUUUGAAAAAUCUAUCUAGUAAGGAGCUCAAGCAGUUAGCUGACGAAGUUCGUUCUGAAAUAGCUUUCAUAAUGUCAAGAAAAUGCCAACCAUGUGGUCCUGGUCGCUCAGUUGUGGAGCUGACAAUUGCUAUACAUUAUGUGUUCAAUGCCCCAAUGGAUAAGAUACUAUGGGAUGCUGGUCAACAUGCGUAUGCGCACAAGAUUCUCACAGGAAGGCGCUCUCUAUUUCAUACUAUUAAACAGAAAAACGGCCUUUCCGGGUUCACGUCGCGUUUUGAGAGCGAGUAUGAUCCCUUUGGUGCUGGACAUGGAUGCAAUAGUCUAUCUGCUGGCCUUGGGAUGGCGGUUGCAAGGGAUAUAAAUGGGAGAAAAAAUCGAAUAGUGACAGUUAUAAGUAAUUGGACAACCAUGGCUGGCCAGGUGUACGAGGCAAUGGGCCAUGCUGGUUUCCUCGAUUCCAACAUGGUAGUUAUUCUAAAUGAUAACUGUCAUACCUUGCUUCCUAAAGCAGAUGGCGGACCAAAGAUGUCAGUUAAUGCCUUCUCUAGUGCUCUCAGCAAGAUUCAAUCCAGCAAAGGAUUUAGGAGGUUUAGGGAGGCUGCAAAGGGACUUGCCAAAUGGUUUGGCAAAGGAAUGCAUGAAUUUGCUGCCAAAGUUGAUGAGUAUGCUCGUGGUAUGAUAGGUCCUCAUGGAGCAACUCUUUUUGAAGAACUUGGAUUAUAUUAUAUUGGUCCUAUUGAUGGGCGUAACAUUGAUGAUAUCAUCUGUGUACUAAAGGAGGUUGCGAGCCUAGAUUCAACUGGCCCAGUACUUGUACAUGUAAUUACUGGGACUGAAAGUGACACUGGUGGAAAUAUUAGAAGUGAAAUAACUGCAAAUGAGGAAGGGCCUUCAAAUUCGAGCAAUGAUCUUCUUAAAUUUUUAGAAACUGGACUUUCUAGGACAUAUAAUGACUGCUUUGUAGAAGCACUAACAGCAGAAGCAGAGAAUGACAAGCGCAUUGUGGUAGUUCAUGGGGGCAUGGGAAUGGAUCGAUCACUCCGCUUAUUCCAGUCCAGGUUCCCAGACAGAUUUUUUGACUUGGGCAUCGCUGAGCAACAUGCUGUUACCUUCUCUGCUGGUUUGGCCUGUGGAGGUUUAAAGCCUUUCUGCAUAAUUCCAUCCACAUUUCUUCAGCGAGCAUAUGAUCAGAUAGUUGAAGAUGUGGACAUGCAAAAGAUACCAGUUCGAUUUGCUAUCACAAAUGCUGGUCUGGUGGGAUCGGAGGGCCCAACUAACUCAGGACCAUUUGAUAUUACAUUCAUGUCAUGCUUGCCAAACAUGAUUGUCAUGUCACCAUCUAAUGAGGAUGAACUUAUUGACAUGGUGGCAACAGCUGCAAUGAUUGAGGACAAACCUAUUUGCUUCCGCUAUCCUAGGGGUGCCAUUGUUGGGACUAGUGCAACUUUAACAUAUGGGAAUCCGCUUGAGAUUGGUAAAGGAGAGAUUCUUGUCGAGGGAAAAGAGAUAGCUUUUCUUGGCUAUGGCGAGGUGGUCCAGAGAUGCUUGAUUGCUCGAUCUCUUUUAUCCAACUUUGGCAUUCAGGCGACAGUUGCAAAUGCGAGAUUUUGCAAGCCACUUGACAUCGAUCUAAUCCGAACGCUAUGCCAGCAGCAUAGUUUUCUUAUCACAGUGGAAGAAGGAACAGUUGGUGGCUUUGGAUCACAUGUCUCACAGUUUAUUUCACUUGAUGGUCUACUUGAUGGCCGAAUAAAGUGGCGACCCAUUGUGCUACCAGACAGGUACAUUGAACACGCUUCACUGGCGGAGCAACUUGAUUUGGCUGGCCUAACUGCCCAUCACAUAGCUGCAACUGCAUUGACCCUCCUAGGGCGUCAUCGUGAUGCCCUUUUGUUGAUGAAGUAG